UUGCCAGCAUCCUUCUGAGCAGAUGUCAUUAUGUCAUUAUACAAUGUGUACAUGAGUCUCUGUUAUAGGACACAAAAUUGAUUUAUGUACUACUGUAUGUGUUUAUGUUAUUUCACGUGCAAUUGGAUUUAGCUGUAGUCUUUACAGUUACAUGCUCUUUGCAAAUAAGCCCACAAAUGUCAGAAUUUGUUCAUGUCCAAUACAAGACUGCUAUGGCCAAUCAUUGUUUUCCAUCUUGUAUUUUUACUCAUUAUUUUUUUUAUUGCACGCAUGGAUUAACUGCUAGUGAACUUGAGUGCAAGACGGAUCGAGAACAGGAGUCGUGACUUUGGCAUCGUGUUACGUUGUGUGUGUCUGGGUGUGCGUUACAGUACAGGUUUGUGUGGAGUAGCAUUAGGUUGCCUCGUUGCAGUUCACAGUGUACUUGUAUGUACAUGCAUGAAGUUGAGCAGGGAGGGAUAGCUUGACGUUGGUCAGAAUGAGAGUCAUAGUAGCAAAGAAGAGAGAGAUGGAGGGUGACAACUGGGCUUUCAUCUGGGGAUUGAAAAAACGCACCAGGAAGGCCUUUGGCAUACGCAAGAAAGAGAAAGACAAUGACUCAACGGGGUCCCCAGACAGAGAGGGGGGUUCUCAGAGGAAGACCAAUGGAGCCCCAAAUGGAUUCUAUGGAGAAAUUGACUGGGAAAGAUAUAAUUCUCCUGAGGUGGAUGAAGAGGGUUAUAGCAUCAGACCUGAAGAUGAGGCAGACCAGGAAAAUUGUCCCCAAAUCCCAUUUCUUCUCUUCUGACGAGUCGGAAGGAGAGGAAGAGCACAGGAAAAAGUUCAAAAUUAAGAUUAAGCCGCUCCCGGCCGAUCAAGUUGUUUCAGUGCCCUCGGUUGAAGAACUCAAAGCCUCCAUAGGCAACAUUGCUCUCUCCCCUUCGCCUCUGAGACGUAGCCCGGGAUUGAAAAGGAACCCCUCCAGUGAAGAGAUUGUCAGACCAAGACGUGUUGUUCCCACCGUGGCACCUGCUCUUGCAUCACAAGCUCCCAGUAGCAGCAGCCAGCCAACAUCAGCCUCUGAAGAAACUACAGAUUUAUUUGGGCCUCCUUUGGAAACCGCAUUCGGAGAAGAGAAAAUAGAAGUGGUUCUGUCUGAGUCUGAUGUGUGGGGGGCUACUGUGUCAGAGCCCGAGUCUUCUUUGACAAGAGCUUUCCCCACAGGAACUCCACCCCCACUUCCACCCAAGAACGUCCCGACAUCGCCUCUGACAACUGACCCUGUCUCUACAGAUGACACAGAUUUAUCAACAGAAGCUGAGAAUUCAACAAGAAAGAAAUCCAUAGCUGACUUGGACAAUCUUUUUGGACCAGAGCAGCCUGCCCCCGUAAAUGAGAAUGCAGGUGACACCUGGGUGUGCUUCGCUGAGCAGUCUUCUGACGGGCCACAUCUACCUGCUGAGCCAGCACCUCCGCUUAAUCUUUCGCCCCCUCCUCCAGAGGAGGCAGCACCUCCAUUACCAGCUUCCCCCCCACCCCCUGAAUCUCCAGCCCCACCUUUACCUGCAUCGCCACCUCCAGUACAAGACACAACAUCUCAUCCCCCUAAACCUUCUUCUCCAAAAGAAGUUCAGAUUUCCCCUCUACCAAGUUUAGAGGAGCCUUCUGUCCCAUCAGGGCCUUCUACACCCGAAGACCGAAAUCCUCUCUCGCCUAGCGCUUCGUCCCUCCCUUCACCCAAGGAGCUGGCGUCUCCUCCGACUUCAACUCCCGAUACACCAGCCGGCAUCCCGACAGCUCCCAAAGCGAGCCCGCCCCCUUCGGCGACUUUGCCUGAAAAGGAAACGGCAACACGCUCCCUUCCACCAAUCCAGACAAAGAAUACAGAUGACGAGGAUGAAGGUGAAAUUGCCACUUCCCCCAAAGAUGCAAGCCAGGGUAACCGUACGACACCUCCACCACCUCCUCCCCCAACGUACCGGACGGUGGUGUCGUCCCCAGGCCCGACAUCGGGUGCGCCUGGUGCAAAAAGCGGUUCCUCCUCUCCAGUACGGCCUGCCACUCCUUCAAGCGUCAACCCGCCUCCUCCUCCACCCCGACCCCCUUCACGACCCAAACUCCCACCAGGAAAACCAAGUGUAGGAGAUACUAAUCGUCCAUUUAGUCCACCAGUUCAUGCAGCAGCCAGUCAGCCUCCAGUUGCUCCUCUGGCCCGGGCAGAGAGCACCUCUUCCAUCUCCUCCACCAACUCCCUGAGUGCUGCUACCACUCCCACAAUCAGUAAAGACCUCUCUGUGUCAGAGAAUGACCAGCCAUCCCUUGUAUGGUUUGACAGAGGGAAGUUUUAUUUAACCUUUGAAGGCUGCUCCAGAGGACCAAGUCCUCUCACCAUGGGGGCUCAAGACACGCUCCCUGUGGCUGCUGCAUUCACCGAGACAGUCAAUGCCUUCUUUAAAGGGGCCGACCCUGGCAAAUGUGUUGUGAAGAUCAUAGGUGAGAUGGUUUUGUCGUUUCCAGCGGGAAUCACAAGGCACUUUGCCAAUAACUCGUCCCCCGCUGUGUUAACCUUCAGCAUAAGCAACUACAAUCGACUGGAGCAUGUGUUGCCUAACCCCCAACUGCUCUGCUGCGACACCGCCACGCAAGCCGAGGCUGAUGCCAAGGACUUCUGGGUGAACAUGCCCAACCUGAUAGCGCAUCUCAAGAAAGUAUCGGAACAGAAGCCACUGGCAACCUACUAUAACGUGGACAUGCUGAAGUAUCAGGUAUCGGUGCAGGGUCCCGCGUCCACACCUUUAAAUCUGGCCGUGAGCUGGCGCUGUGAAGCCACCAGCACAGACCUGAGGAUAGACUACAAAUAUAACGGCGAAGCCAUGUCGACGCCCAUGGCGCUUAACAACGUCCAGUUUCUAGUCCCAGUUGAUGGAGGCGUUUCCAAACUCCAGGCUGUGUUACCCCCAGCGGCAUGGAAUGCAGAACAGCACAGAAUCCUUUGGAAGAUUCCAGAUAUCUCGCAAAAAUCUGAAAAUGGAGGUGUUGGAUCUUUGUUAGCCCGCUUCCAGCUAACAGAAGGCCCAAGUAAACCAGCUCCACUGGCUGUGCAGUUCACCAGUGAGGGCAGUACACUGUCAGGCUGUGAUAUUGAACUGGCCGGGCCUGGCUAUCGCUUCUCGCUCGUCAAAAAGAGGUUCGCCGCUGGAAAAUACCUGGCGGACAACUAAGUCCAGAAGCGCACUGAUGAACACUAAAGUCCAGCAGAUAGAAGAAGAUGACGACCCACAUUCUUCACACACCAGCCCAGCCCAGCCCAGCCCAGGACAGCAGCCUACCCAGCAGUAUUGUAAAAACCUUCAUCUAGCUUGGUGGAACCAUUUGAGUUCAUUUAAUAAUGGCGUUUGUAUUCAUGGUGGUAUUAUUUAUUUAUUGCAUGACAUCAGAAUUGCUGGUGUCGUGCUCCUGGACUCUUUCCUUCUUUUGGAAGUCUGUGUGGUGGUGAGUCUUCAUUGCAACUGCCUGACCAGCCAGGAUGUAGAACGUGACGGAACCUUUUCCACUUUGCAUAAGACUCCGUUGGUUCAAAUCAAUGACAACAAUUAUCAUACCAAUAAUCUGUGAGUGCGAUUGGUUGAUAUCAUUUACAAUGCUGAUUUUUACAUUUUAGACUAAUGAUUAUUUUAAUUUGAUGAAUCUGAUUUCAUUCGGUCAUUCAUCUUCAACCCGCCACACGAGGCAACGUACGGGUUGCGGGUGAUCGACAGUGAGAGUCAUUGAUCAACAUACCGAUCGAUCACAGUUUUCCACAGGAAUCGACUUAUCGAUCGGAACACCGCCAAUACAGUAUUCAUGACUCAUCUAGUGGUUCAAUAGAGUUCUAGUACUGCGUUGAUGUACUCAAAACGGAUUGAACAGUCGGUCCAAUUGCUGUUCUAUUUCUUUCCGAUGCUACAAAUGUUUUAGCUGGUAGGCAGCUGCAAUGACAAACGAAUCUGCUGGCUAUGACGAUUUAAAAAAGGAGUUUUUUCCGAAGAUCCCAGGUGUACAAAGUGUCAUUUAAGAUGAAUAAUAUAUACAUCUAUAUCUUAAAGGGCGUUUGGUGUUUAACUUGUAUGGUCACAUAGCCUUUCUGUUGUUCCCAGGACAACUCCAGAUGACAUGACAGCAUCUUAUUUUUGUCAUUCAUGACAUGAUUUGUUGUAGAAAAUGUGCUUCUGUAUAUUAUUCGAUUUUGAAUGGUGUCACCUAAUUCAAUACCCUUCAAGGUAUAAAUAUUUGAACUCUUUCUAUUAUCUGUGUCGUCGAGUAAUGUGUACAGUAUGACGUAUAAUUUUUUAAUUUGUUUCAGAUAUAAUUUUUUAAUUCAAGUGCAACAAGUUUUGAGCGAUAUGUAUAUAUGGGUGGGUGGGUUGGGUCAGGUAACUUCAAAUGAUAAAUAUCAUCCAGGCUGCUGUGUUUUUCUUUGUGAAAGCAGUGGCAAUGUAGACUUGGCAAGGGUUCACACGGAAAUGCACAUUUCCGUUCACGCUGGAGGUUAGGCGAGGAUGAUGGAUCCAUGGCAUCCAUUCUGUCUGUGCCAGCUGUCAAUCAAUAAUCCCGUUUAGAUGUUGUUAUGACAAUAUUUUUAAUUCAAGAUGAGGGAGACGGUUUACUGGUCAUAAAAGGAUAUUUGCCUGCUGACCUUUAAAUAAAUAAAUGAAUGAAUGAAUAAAGGGAAGUCCACUGGUCGACAUAAUUCCUCUUCCUGUAGCUCGACCCUUGUUAAUGCUACAAUCUUUCUCUAUGCUUUGCUUUUUUUUACUUCCAAUGUGACUUUCCCUAGUCGCAUUUCAGGCAGCGGCCUGGUCGUCUUGCCCCGCCCGCUUGAAUCCAUAGCUUUAUUUGACACAAUUGUAAUGGUCUCUGUGAGAUGACGUAAUGAGGUUGCAGAUGGAGGUUAAGUUGACCAAAAUGCUUUGUGUGUGCGGCGUGUGUGUGUGCGUGUCCUUCUACGAAUGAGAAUAAGGGGAAUAUUUUCAAUGCAGAAUUAAAACAGAAAAAUAUUUUAUUGUGGGGGAGAACACUGUGCCGAUAAUGUCUAUCUUUCCGAAUGCUCUUUGACACGCCUUCUGAACAUAAAAGUGUGUGUGUGAGGUGUUGCCCAAGCCCACGAUACUGUAUUGUAUGUUAAUAUUGUGCUAAAUACACCCAAACUUGGUCUUGUAAGAUGUGUUGUAGAAGCAUCGUAAACUGGGCUUAGAGCGGUAAAAGAAGUUAUCCUGACAUCAGUGUUCCCUAUGUUGUCGUUUUUUUGGUUUUGUUUUUAAUUGCCAGUGGGAACAAACAAAUAGAGAGUUAAUUUCCUGUCUUGUCUAGCUCUGAUGGUAAGUUGUAAUGUUUUUGGUAACUAUCAAAGCAAUCAGAGGAAAUUUUCUGAAAUGAUGGCCCGUUGCUUUCUAAUGCAUACGAGUUGCCAGUCAUUUAUCACUCACCUCAAUCCUUUCGUAUAAAAGUGUUUCCACACUGAAAAAAACAGUGGAUGAACUUGAAAAAAAUAUGCAUUAUGUCACACCCAAUAUUUAAGCUUUGACAAUUAAUUUAGUGCUACCUGAAAUUGUUUUACUUGAUGUGAAUUUAUUUUUUUAUUUUUUUAGGGUGACGCAAACUAAUUAUUAUUUAACUGGUCUGAAAUUCAAUUAGUCCUUUCAAUUUAUUUUCAUUUGAACCAUUCUUGGAACACACCUUUUUUUUUUGCGCUAAGUGAAUUAAUGACAUCAGUCAAUGCUAAAAUAUUAACUGUGACGGAUGAUUCAAUAUUCUGAAGUUGAUGAUUUUUUUGGGGUGCAGAGGCUCAUCUGUUGUGAAUGUGUCUGCAGUAAGUCAUCAUUGCUUGUAGAGCAUGCAGAAAAAGCAGGUGCGGAAUUUCAAAUGAUGUUUUGUGCUGUGUACUCACCUGUAUUACUGUCAACAAGAUCAGAUUUUUUGCUGUGUUGUGAGUAAGAAUGCUUUAACAUCAAACCACGUGCAAAGUCAACACUAAAAUGGAAAUUAGUUUGCUUCCUUCCAAAAUCAAUAAAAGUUCUAACUUCAUUCAA